AUGCCUGCUCCAGCUACACCAGCACUAGCCUUGGGCUCACCCGCCGUGGAGGCCAGCGAGCUGCAGAAACUCUGCGAUGAGCUGACCUCCGUGGCGCAGGAUUUGGAGGCGGCGGGUGCGGAGGCUGCUGAGGCGCGCGUGCGAAAAAUCCUCUGCGGCCUGGGCUUCAGCAAUGCCAUGAUUGACGGCCCCGUGAAUGUCUUGUCGGGAGGUUGGAGGAUGCGUGUUUCUUUGGCCAAGGCUCUCUUCUUGGAGCCUGACCUCUUGCUGCUGGAUGAACCGACGAACCACUUGGAUCUGGAUGCAGUGAUUUGGUUGGAAGAGUACCUCACCGGCUAUCCCAAGACUCUAUUGGUGGUCUCUCACGAUGCCGAUUUCCUGGACUCGGUCUGUACAGACGUGGUUCACUUGGAGGAGAAGAAACUCAACCGGUACAAGGGUGGCUAUACGGACACAGUCUUCGAAGAGGGCGAAGAUGGUUUUGACAGGCCAUUCUUGAUGAAGGCCGAUGUCUUCCGAGCUACAGAGAAGCAGGACCAGUCCUUUGAACCUUCAGGUCAAAUCGAUCCAGGAUAUUUCGUGGCGGCGCUGCUGCGAUGUUGCUUCGGCGUGCUGCAUGCGCCAGCUUCCGGUAAGGCGGAGGCUGAGAUGGUCAACACCUUGUUGGACAAGCACUUGGUGGUUCGACUGGUUUCCUUGGUGAGGAUGUGUGGCCCAUUCAACUGCUGCUGCGGCAUCAAGUUCUUCCAACUGAUGGGUACAGUCUUACAGUCUCGAAGCAGCAAUCCAGACGUGGAGAUGUUGGUCACUUGCAACAUCCUCAUGUCGUAUGCCACCAGCGUGGUGGAGGAUGCCGUGAAAGCCUUACAAGGAGAUCCAGAACAGAAGAUCUUGGGGCGCUUGCUGAGCGAGGAAAUGGCCAAGUUGUGCUCAGUGGUGUGCGGAUCUUUGCCGUAUCUUCAAUUUGCCGAUGAAGACAAGCAGUUCCACCAGAAGUUCGUGGAGUGCUGCUUAGACGAGAUGGUGCCUCCGAAGCUGGUCCAUUCCUUCGUGCAGAUGGCGUUGUAUUGCCACCAGGGCAACGACACGCCUUCGCCCAUCGAGGAGGACGUGAGGAACCUCUUGGUGAAAAUCAUCGAGAGAUGUCCCAGUCGACAACGGGACACCUGGCAGGUCUUGUGUUCCACGCUUCUCACCGGCGAAGUGGACAAGGGACAGGAAUGGCUGUCCGACUUCACUGACGCGGUCCAGAAGAGUGCGGCCCAGAGGAUCUUGGAGGAGCAACAAGCUGCCAAGGCCUUCGGUUCGCAGAAGAUCACCUUCGAGGAUAGUCAUCCGGAACGCGCAUUGUGCACCUUCAACGCAGAGGUCAUGGUGUUCAACCAGCGGCUGAGUGUCUCUCGAAUCCAGCAUGGAUCGUUCUUGAACUUUGUGGUGACCAAUAAGGCGGUCCGCAUCGUUGACACCAGUGUGGUGGGAUAUCCUGCGGAAGAUCCUGGGCAGAUCAAGGACUGCGAGUGGAAGCUAAAGGAUCUGGUGCGCAUCACUCGAGGCUUCCUUCCGCAGGGCCUUUUCCUUGGUGUGCGGCGGCAGAUUGAGGAAGAAGGUCGGGAUGUGGAGGGCAUCGUGGCAGUGGUGUUCCAUCGUGCACGCGAUCGCGAUGCCGCCCUAGGAAAGCUCCAACACCUGAAGUUGUUGCCUGUGGAUGACGAUCGACUCUUGGACGAGGUUUUGUCUGCGGAAGUGAAGGAUGACAUCCUCCUGGCUGUGCAUUCUCCACCUGAGUACGGCUUCUUCCUCACAGACUCGGCUUUUAAGCUCUACAUCCUCACGAAGGCAGCGAUCCACGACUUUGUGGUGGAUUUCACGCAGUGGCGGCCAAAGAGUAGCGAGGAGCUGGAGGAUAGCACCCGCUUCAAGAUCAGCCCAGAGAUCAAAGCCAUCCGACGCUGUGGAGACGCCACGGUGCGAGAAAACCCGGAGUUGGCUGAUUCCGCUACAAGCGGCUACAACGGUGUUGAUUCAUCGCCGCAUGCCAUCUCUGAGGCACAGCAGCCCUUGCUGAGCAAGAUCGCGGAGGCACGGCCCUUCCAAGCUUUGGAGAAGGUCUCCUUCUUUCCGGACUUUGGCGCCGCAGGGCUGGAUCAAUUGGACGCAUGGCCCCGCAUGGAGAUGUCCUUCCAGGAGCACGAAGGCUGGGCCCCUGCUCCGGGAGAAGAGGUCUUGGAACUCCUCGCUGCACUGGUCACUCUGGCCAUUUGUGCGAUGGGCCGAUGGGCCGAUGGGCCAGGUGGCGCACAAGAAUGGAUGCCGAACGGCCGAACCUACUGA